CUGGGUUUAUUCCGAGUACCCAUCCGAAUUCAUAUAUAUCUCGCUUGAGAACCUCCCAAAAGCUGGGUCACCCGUCAGGCCCACACUGAAUUGUGUUGCUCGGAGCCGUCAGAUCGGUAGACUCAAAACGAUCUAACGGCUAUUAUUCCAUUCUGUAAACGCAUGUACUGGAAAAUUGGUGCUGUUGCUCGAGAACGCCCAGAAGAGUUAUCCAUCUGUUAUCACACAAAAACGAGCCAUAGCAAAGGUUGCUCGAGAACGCCCAGAAGAGUUAUCCAUCUGUUAUCACACAAAAACGAGCCAUAGCAAAGGUUUCUCGGUCUCUCUCACUCGCAGAGAGCCAUGAUCCGCCGGACUUUCAGAUCCGCUCCCGUGAUCGGCCGCGUUCAGGAAUGCGUUGCCAUGUUCCGCCGCGCAAUCGGCGGAGAAGCAGAAGCCCACGCGAAAGCCAAGUCAGAAUGGGCGCAGGGGCAGAAUAGAGGAACUCGUAAUCAUCACAAGGCAAUAGAACCAAAAACUCAUGGAGAUGUAACCAAAAAACCAGAGAGUCGUGGUGAAGUGAUUCGUAUGGGACGUGCCAGUCUUGUGGAUGAUCCUGUUUGCGGUGCGGCCCAAGGAAAGAAGGACUUCGAAGCAGAAUUAGCAGCGGAAAAACUUGAAUGUGGUCCUUGUGGAAUUUGCGGAAAGGAGAAAGACCACUGGCUUGAUGAUUGCCCUUACAAAGAACGUAUCCCAAACCCUCUGGAGGUAACUGUUCUUGAUGGUAGGUAUGGAAUGGUUUGCAAGUGUUGUGGUCGGCCUGGUGGGCAUCCUGGUCGCCGAGGCUGGACUUGUGAUGCUAUUCUCAAGUUUUGUAGCCAUUGUUUGGUAUGGGGUGAGCACUGGACUGCAGAUUGCCCGCGCAUUGGGCCUGAUGAAGUUGCGAAAUGGAGAAAAGACAUUAAAGAGGAUGAAUGUUAUUGUUUGAUACAGGAACCCGAGAAAGAAUUUCUGGACUUAGAACCAUAUUUUAGGGCCGUGCAAAGGAAGGAUGAGGAAAAUGAAUAUGAUGCUUGAGGAAAGGAAUGAGGGACAUGGAGCCUGGGGAACUUGAGGAAUCAUAAACCGACGCUGCCGCUGCUAUAGAAAUUUGGAGGGCGCGACGCUUUCCUUUUUCAGGCUUUUAAUUAUUAUGACUUAAAAAUUGAUUUAGUUAUCCAAAUGUUAUCAUACAAAAAGCAAAUGGCAGUCCAAUAAGUCAAAAUGUGCAACAAAAUUAUAUAUUCGCCAAACAAGUAAUGAUUAACCGCGUGAUUUAGGAUAUA